GACAGCGCUCCAGACAUGCGUAAUCUCUUCAGAACAUUUAAUUCUCUCCUCUGUCCCCCUCCACCACCUCCCACCACCUCUAUUACAGCUGAUGACUUUGCCACUUUCUUUACAGACAAAACUAGAUCAAUCAGUGGUCAGUUUUCACCUCCACGCACACAGGACCCUCACCCUACCACAUCCAUUGCUAAAACUCCCAUCUUCUCUUUCUGUCCCCUCACUGAAGCUGAAGUAUCCAAGCUUCUCCUCUCCAACCAUCCUACAACAUGUCCUCUUGACCCAAUCCCCUCACACCUUCUCCAAGCAAUCUCUCCCACACUCUUACCUGCACUCACACACAUCAUCAACACAUCCCUCCUCACAGGCAUCUUCCCCACUGCGUUCAAGCAGGCUCGGGUAACCCCACUGCUCAAAAAACCUACAUUAAACACUUCUCUUAUAGAAAACUACAGACCUGUCUCUCUCCUUCCGUUCAUAGCGAAAACACUUGAACGAGUUGUCUUCAACCAAGUCUCACUGUUUCUUUCACAGAACGACAAACUGGAUGUUAAACAGUCAGGUUUCAGCAGUGGCCACUCAACCGAGACUGCGCUACUCUCAGUCACUGAAGCCCUGCGAAUUGCAAAAGCCCAUUCCAAAUCAUCAGUCCUCAUUCUGCUGGAUCUAUCUGCCGAUUUUGACACUGUCAAUCAUCAGAUACUCCUGUCCACCCUCUCAGCACUGGGCAUCACUGGCAUUCCACUUCGCUGGUUUGAAUCCUAUCUCACUGAUGAUCCAACAGUAGCUGCAAGGAUCUCAGGUUGCCUGGCGGACAUCUCGGCAUGGAUGAAAGAACAUCACCUGCAGCUCAACCUGGCAAAGACUGAGCUUCUUGUCCUCCCGGCCACUCCGACUCUACAGCAUGACUUCACGAUCCAGUUAGGUUCAUCAACAAUAACCCCAUCAACUUCGGUCAGAAAUCUUGGUGUAAUCUUUGAUGAUCAGCUGACCUUCAAAGACCACAUUGCAAAGACUGCUCGAUCUUGCAGGUUUGCACUAUAUAACAUCAGAAAGAUCAGGCCCUUUCUGACAGAGCAUGCUGCACAACUUCUUGUCCAGGCCCUUGUCAUUUCUAGGCUGGACUAUUGCAAUGCUCUUCUGGCUGGACUUCCGUCUAACACAGUCAAACCUCUACAAAUGAUUCAGAAUGCAGCGGCACGACUGGUCUUCAACGAGCCCAAAAGAGCCCAUGUUACACCUCUCUUUAUCUCCCUGCACUGGCUACCAGUCGCGGCUCGCAUCAAGUUCAAGACACUGAUGCUUGCAUAUAGAACAACCACAGGCUCAGCACCCGUUUACUUGCACUCUCUACUAACAAACUACAUCCCCUCCAGAAAUCUGAGAUCUGCUAGUGAACGACGCCUCGUGGUACCAUCACAGAGAGGCUCAAAAUCACUCUCCAGAACAUUCUCGUUCACCAUUCCUGGCUGGUGGAACGAUCUUCCCACCCCUAUCCGGAUUGCUGGAUCCCUGUCAAUCUUCAAGCAACAACUGAAAACUCAUCUCUUUCGACAGCACUUGACUUGACAAAAAAAAAAAAAAAAUGUAUUCCUUCCUUUGGUAGUUUGUAUUUAUUUGAACAAUGCCUGAGACUUGGUGUUGCAAGCACUUCGUCUGUCUGAUUGCCUCUUCAAGAUGAAUCGCUUUAUGUAUUCCCCAAUUGUAAGUCGCUUUGGAUGAAAGCGUCUGCAAAAUGACUAAAUGAAAUGAAAAUGAAAUAAUUUCUUCCCUUUUUACUACUUGAUGAAUUCAGGUAAUUCUGUGUAAAUUCAUUCUUGCAUGAAUUGUUGACUUCUGACAGCUGAUAUGACAAACGGUCUGUUUAAACCGCAUCCGUCCAAGACUACAAUUUCCCCAGUGAUUUCAUUUUCAGCAUUAUCACUCCAGUCUUCAUUGUCACAUGAUCCUUCAGAAAUCAUUCUGAUAUGCUGAUUUGGUGCUCAAGAAAUAGUUUUUGCUACUAAAUAUUUCAUAUUUAUUUGUUUUGUAAACUGUGGUACGCAACCAUAAAAUAAAAAGAAAAAGAAAUUAAUACUUUUUUCAGUAAGGAUGCAUCAAUUUGAGCAACAGAGAUAGUGAAGUAAACUCUCUUUUAACUUAAACUCUAUAUUGGGAUUCUAUAAUAACAAAAUGGUACUACAGUAUUACUUUACUAUAUUGUACUAUAGUAUACAAUACCGUGUCUUUUAUACUUGUUCCAUGAUGCAACCAUGGUAUUCUUUGAAAUAAUUUAUAAAUACUAUGGAGUGUGAAUAAGGUAAUCAUUCAGAAUCAUGGAUUGCAUUGUUUUACAUGGAUCAUGCAUGUGAAAGACAGCUGAGAAUUGAUUAAUUAGUUGCAAUCUAGUUCGGAGCAAGAUGAGAAUCAUGCCUUUGUGGCAGUUUUCUAGUGAUUAAGGGAUAUUACAAGACUUCCUCACCUUACAAAUGGUUGUUGAAAUAGAAAAUUUACAAAAUGCGCAUAAACAACAUGAGUGAUUUCUGAAGGAUCAUAUGACACUAAGGACUGGAGUAAUGAUGCUGACAAUCUAGCGUUGACAUCACAGGAAUAAAUUACAUUUAUUCUUUUUUAUUCCAUUUUAAAUUGUAAUAAAAUUUCACAAUAUUUC